AUGUCAAACAAACGAGCAAAACGUCCAGUGCGAGUUGCGAACUGUUCUGGCUAUCAUGGCGAUCCGGCUUAUGAGAUGUACCGUCAGGCAACGUUGGGCGAUGUCGACUUUAUAACCGGCGAUUACCUGGCCGGUAUGUGGAUCAUGGACGAUUCCUCAAUCAGCUCGAGUCUAACAAGAGCAUGGCGUGCCGGAAAGCAUCCCGGCUACGAGGAGACAGCUUGGAAGGGCAUCCAGCAGACUAUCGAUGUCAUAGCAGAAAAGGGUAUCAAAGUCGUGAUCAAUGGCGGCGCGCUUGACCCCAAAGCCCUAGCCCUGAAGGUCCAGGGUCUAGUCCGCGAGAGGAACCUCAACCUUCGCGUCGCAUACCUAUCGGGCGACGACGUAUACGACCGCGUCGGUCCAAACAUGCCCACAACAAAAGAAGAACUCCAGCAUCUCGAUUCAGGCAACUCCUCCGCCGCUCCGGCCGCCCUAACAUACGCCUUCCUCCGAGGCACAGCAGACGGCAAACCUAUUCCUAUGGUCUCGGCGCAUGCAUACCUCGGAGCGCGCGGCAUUGUUCACGGUCUGCGGAACGGGGCGGACAUCAUCCUCUGCGGCCGAGUUGCUGACGCCAGCCCCGUCAUAGCCGCUGCUUGGUUCUGGCAUGACUGGGCGGAGACAGAUUAUGAUGAGCUAGCCGGUGCGCUGAUAGCGGGCCAUUUGAUUGAGUGCUCUGCAUAUGUAACGGGAGGUAAUUUCUCCGGCUUUGACAGGUAUAAUUUGGACGACCUUAUUGAACCCGGGUUCCCAAUCGCCGAGAUCGACGCCGACGGGGCGUGUAUUAUCACCAAGCACCCGGGUACGAAAGGAAUGGUCACCGUCGAUACAGUGCGGUGCCAAUUCCUAUACGAGCUGCAGGGGACAGUCUACCUGAACAGCGACGUGAAUGCUUACAUCGGAGAUGUGGCUGUUGAGGAAGUAGAAAAGGACCGGCACGAUCUGCUUCUCUCUUUCCAAGACCUGACCAAACUAAUAAUGGUGCACAGCAUCCGCGUUUCAGGAAUCAAAGGCACCGCACCACCCCCAACCACCAAACUCGCCAUUUUCUACCAAGGCGGCUACGAAGCUGAGAUUCUUCUCAACGCCACAGGCUACGCUACGUCGAAGAAAUGGGACCUGCUUGAGAAACAGAUUCGGUAUUUUCUUCCAGACUCGGUGCAAAAAGAGCUUGAGACGCUAGAGUUCCAACGGAUCGGCACUCCCUCGUCUAAUCCAAUAUCUCAAGCAUCUAGCACAACAUACCUUCGCAUCUUUAUCGCCUCACGCUCACCUCACGCUCACCUCACGCUUACCCUCGACAUGCGCACCGCGGUACCCCGCCCGUUCCUAGCAUAUUAUCCGGCUCUCAUCGCACAGGCAGACCUGGGCGAGAGAAUCAACCUCCUCAAUGACGAUAAUACGAUAACCUCUAUUGAGACCGGCCACCCACCAGCUUAUGCGCCUCUCCAGCCCCGCGAGAAUUACCAUCCACCUUCUAUUUCUCCAGAGAGUCCAGAAUACAAGACCAUAUUCGACGGACUAACCAAGCGUGUCAAACUAGGCGAUGUCGUGUUAGCGCGCUCAGGUGAUAAGGGCGGGAACUUGAAUGUUGGCUUCUUCGUCCCUUCUUCUCCCCCAUCCCCUUUCACUCUGGAAACCGAUAAACAAAGAAAACAAAGAGAGAGACAAAAACACUUGAGCCUCUGGCUCCGACACUACCUAACGACCUCCCGAAUGCGCGACCUACUUGGCACCGACUGGCGCGAUGAUUACUUCAUUGAGCGGGUAGAGUUCCCGGCCAUUGGGGCGGUGCAUUUUGUCAUUUAUGGAAUUCUGGGGCGCGGAGUUUCGAGUUCUUCGCGUUUGGAUGGGCUCGGAAAGGGGGUUGCCGAUUGGCUUAGGGAUGUGGUGGUUGAAGUUCCUGUUGCUUUACUUGAGUGA